AUGUCCCCCCAGAAGUGCUGCCUCCACUUUGCUUUAUCCUCCACUCCAGCCUCACUUUUCCACUCCCGACCAGUAGACAGAAGCAUGUGUGUCGACAGAGCCCCCUCCAGUGCAGGGGCGGGGGGCUUCCCAAGGAAGCAGUUCCGCCAGCUGAAUAUCCGCGAAGGGUGCCCUCUGCAGAACUCUCAGGAACGCACGGCAGGGAACAGGAGAACCCCGAGUCCCCGCUCCAGGGCGUUCCUCUCUGCGGAGGGGAGUCUGUGCCUGGAGUCCCAGCUGAAGAGAGAGCACUGGGGACCAUCCACCAGUGAGUCUCGGGUAACAGCGGAAACUGAGGAAAGGACUUUCCAGUUUUAA